AUGACUAAACAUUAUCUGGAUGCUUGUAACAGGCAGCUGACACAGUUCGAAUCCAACCCAAAUGAGGUGUCAAGAGGUGUGUCUCAGAUCAUCAGUCACCCUGACUAUAACUCUGCCACCAGUGACAAUGACAUUGCUCUGCUGCGUCUCAGCGCGUCUGUAAAUUUCACUGACUUUAUCAGACCAGUUUGUCUGGCUGCAGCAAACAGCACCUUCUACAAUGGCACUGACAGCUGGUAUGACGGAGGAGCUCCAAUGAUGAGCAAACCGGGAUCUCGCUGGAUACAGUCAGGCGUUUUCAUCACUACAUUCCGUUGUUUGUCACGCCCAUCUGUAUUUACCAGAGUGUCCCAGUACCAAGACUGGAUCAACUCUCACAUCACCACUGACCAGCCCGGCUUUGUCACAUUUACCUCCAGCGGCACUGAUGGGGAUUUGAGUGUGAGCUGCAGUAUUGUGCCUCCAAUCACCACCAAUGUGACCACCACUGUCAGUACUGCCCCCACUGCCACCACUAAUAUAAUGUAUGAAUGA